CAGAAAGAGCUGGAGCAAGAAGAUAGUGAGAGAAGGCACCGAAGGUCAUCAGGGUCAACGUGUAGUAGAGAGCUGUUCUCAUAACAAACCAAAAGGAGCCUGACCGACUCAGCCAUUCUGAUUCACUUCACCAGUAGACUGCUUCAACUAAAGUUAAUAGCUGCCCCAUUCACGAAGCACGCGCUAUGGCAGAGGCGCACCAGGCCGUGGCAUUCCAGUUCACCGUCACACCUGAGGGCAUCGACCUGCGCCUCAGCCGUGAGGCGCUCAAGCACAUCUACCUGGCCAGCGUGACGUCAUGGAGAAAACGUGUGAUUCUGUUCCGAAAUGGCAUCCGAAUGGGUGUCUAUCCAGCCAGUCCCUCUAGCUGGUUAUUUGUGGUGAUCGCGAUAAUGAGUUCCAUGUAUGCCAGAUUGGAUCCAUCCAUGGGGAUGAUUAACAGCAUUAAGAAGGUUUUACCUGCAAGUGAUCAUCUCACGACUCAGGCUCAGACAGUGUUGAGUGCGAUCCUGUUUGCCACAGGACUAUGGUUCUUUCUGAUUAUGCUACUGCGCUACAUUCUGAAGGUUCUGCUGUCGUACCAUGGCUGGAUCUUUGAGCCACAUGGCAAAAUGAGCAUGACUACCAAACUCUGGAUAAGUCUGUUAAAGAUGCUUUCGGGUCAUCGGCCAUUACUCUACAGUUUCCAGGGCUCUUUGCCUAGACUGCCUGUGCCCAGCAUUGAUGACACCAUCAACAGGUAUCUUGAGUCAGUGCGCCCCCUACUGGAUGACGACCGAUAUAAACAGAUGGAAAUUGUGGCUAAGGAGUUCAAAAAGGACCAAGCCCCUAAACUACAAAAAUACCUUAAGCUAAAGUCCUGGUGGGCCAACAAUUAUGUGAGUGACUGGUGGGAGGAAUACAUCUACAUGAGAGGCCGGGGCCCGAUCAUGGUGAACAGCAACUUCUACACUAUGGAUUUGCUGUAUGUGAUCCCCACUCACAGGCAGGCAGCACGAGCAGGAAACGUGGUCCAUGCCAUCCUGCAAUAUCGGCGCAAACUAGAACGAGGAGAACAUGCCCCGAUGAGAGCUCUAGGUGUGGUACCCAUGUGCUCCUAUCAGUAUGAGGGAAUGUUCAACACCACUCGAAUCCCUGGCAUUGAAACAGAUUGUGUUCAGCAUCUCAGGAACAGGAAACACCUGGUUGUGUAUCACAGAGGACGCUUUUUUAAGGUGUGGCUGUACUACGGUGGUCGCCAUCUCUUGCCGGCAGAAUUGGAGCAGCAGUUUCAGCAUAUUCUCAAUGACACCACAGAGCCUCAGUCUGGAGAACUUAAACUGGCCUCGCUCACUGCUGGGAACAGAGUCCCAUGGGCCAAAGCACGACAGAAGUACUUCAGUGACGGUGUAAAUAAGACGUCUCUGGAUACCAUCGAGACAGCUGCCUUUUUCCUCACACUGGAUGACGAAUCACAUGGAUAUGAUCCUGAAAAUCCAAGGUCAAUGGAUCUCUAUGCCAAAUCCCUACUGCACGGAAAGUGCUAUGACAGGUGGUUUGAUAAAUCCUUCACUCUUGUUGUCUACAAGAAUGGUAAAAUAGGGGUGAAUACUGAACACUCGUGGGCAGAUGCUCCCAUUAUUGGACACAUGUGGGAGGAUACCUUAGCUACCGACUUCCUACACUUGGGUUACACUGAGGAAGGACACUGCAAAGGAGACAUUAACAAAGGUCUGUCUCCUCCAACCAGGCUACAUUGGGACAUUCCAUCAGCGUGUCAGGAGAUUAUUGAAGAGUCAUAUACAGUAGCCAAGGAGCUUGCUGAUGAUGUGGAUUUCUGUGGCUACGUAUUUGAUGAGUUUGGAAAAGGCCUAAUCAAGAAGUGCAAAACAAGCCCUGAUGCUUUCAUCCAACUAGCGCUACAGCUUGCACACUACAGGGAUAAAGGUGAGUUCUGUCUUACAUACGAAUCCUCGAUGACCCGCAUGUUCCGGGAGGGACGGACAGAGACGGUGCGCUCCUGCACCAUCGAAUCUACAGCCUUUGUCCGAGCCAUGGAGGACAAGACCUGUAUGAAUGAACAGUGUCUGGCGUUAUUCCGGACAGCAGCAGAAAAACACCAAAACAUGUACCGACUUGCCAUGACUGGAGCCGGUAUCGACCGCCAUCUCUUCUGCCUCUAUGUCGUCUCCAAAUUACUGGACAUGAAGUCACCUUUCCUCAACAAAGUUCUUUCAGAGCCUUGGCGUCUCUCCACCAGUCAGACACCACAGCAGCAGCUCAACCUUGUUGAUAUCCAGAAGUUCCCACAAUAUGUUGGAGCAGGUGGUGGCUUUGGCCCUGUCGCUGAUGAUGGAUAUGGAGUUUCUUAUAUUAUCGUUGGGGAGAAUCUCAUUACAUUCCACAUCUCUAGCAAAUUCUCUAGUCCGGAAACAGACUCGCAUCGCUUUGGCCAGCACAUCAGACAGGCCAUGCUGGAUAUUAGAGCACUGUUCAACCAGAAGGAGAAGGCAAUAUGAAGACGAGCAGAUAAACACACAUACACGGUCCAACACACCACUUAAAGCAAUCAGAAUGAAACUGAAAAGGCAAUAUGUAAAAAAAAAUUGUACAGAUAUUUAAAAAAAAAAAAAAAAAUCUUGUAAUCUUGUAAUCUGAACAUUUAAUGAUUUAAUAAAUCUGUGGCUUUUGACAUUUUGGUGAGAAUGUUGUACAGACAGAAAUUUUAAACCAAUGUUAAAAUUUAUUUUUAAUUUAUUUAAAUGAAUAAAUCUAUUUCACUGCUCAUCUGAGCAAUGAAAAAAAUUAACUAGAGCUAAAUAUUUUUAUAAAAUCACUACUGGCAUCAGGCCUAUAUAAUCCUUUUGCAGCUAUGCAUGACAUGCUGAUAUGGAAAUGUAUAAUUGUAAAUAUUUAUGUUAUAAAUCUGACAAAAUAUAGGUUAGUGUGCUUCUAGUUCAUGUAUGCAUACUUCAUUAAAUUAUUGUCUGUCCUACUAAAAUUGCCUGUCAGUUUCUGUACUGAGGUGUACUGAUGUAAUGAUUUUCCUCUACAUAACAUCAACCUCUGAAGCUUUUUGUUUAUGCAGAUAAUAAAGUAGUUUUUUUCUGAAACUGUUUAUUUUAAAAAAUA